GACUUCGGUUUUGGCCUUUUCUCCCGAGUUUGCCGAUUCGUCAGCUCUACAAAACCUUCGAAUGGUCUCCUUUAACUGCAAUGAACCAGCCGUGACUGGGUAUUCGGCCUGUUGGGCGGCCCACCUCAUGACCAUUCAUGCCCAUCGUGACGGGGAGGAAAUGGCAUUCUACAAGGACUUUGACGCAUGUUCCAGUCGCGCCAUUUGGGUUUAUAUGCCUUUUGACCCCGGUGAACUUAUCUCGGAUAUCUGGGCCCGGUGCGGUAGGCAAUACGGACGUAUGGGUCUUACGGACUAAUAGAAGAAGACAAACGAUGAUGGCAAUGUCCUUGUACAUGUCACCGCGGAUGCGUCUUGAGAACAGGAAUAACGCGCCAAAGUGGAGACAGCUGUGCAGCCUCCCAGGAAGUCCGACUCGGGUAUUCUUUAACCUCUCAUUUCGCGGAGUUCAUCGGCUUGCCGUUGAAGAACCAGUCUUCCGCCGGUCAUCUCCCUUGUUGCUGGCGACAUCGUCUCCAUACCUGUUCUCGCACGGUACUGCAGACUACUUUUACUCCUCUGCAAGCCUUGAACACGUCGUGGAGGUCACGCCAUGCCAACGAGAACUAGCGACUUAUUCCCCUAUAAUUGGCCUGCUUCUCGCUACGCUGACGGGCAACGAGUCUGUGUCGGCAAGUCUCGAAUGGACUGUAUCGGCGAGACGUUGGAAGUCGACGCUUCACAUCAGCUUCACCUUGGCUUCGCGCGGGCCAAAGAGAUUCCCCCCCACGUCUCGAAGCUUGAACUCUGUCCGCCGCAAGAUGGGGGGUCGCUUCGUUGGCUAUCCGUACCUUGGACGGGAACACUCGAGUGGUGGUUUACUUACGGCCAUUGUAAGGUACAUCAUGGAGGGCAAGAAAGCCCCUCGCUAUUCACUCCAGUUGGAGGUUAGAGUUAUUAUGUCUAGGGUUCCACCUCGGUCGUGGAAUGCGGCUGCGCGAAGGACUUCCGGUGACCAUACCGUGCGGGAGGCUCGCAAGGGCCGCAGUGACUGCCUCCAAGUCAGUGGAUACUCGCCGCCCCAAUUAUCACCAUUGAGCAAGGCUCGGCGACUUUGCUUAAACUUGCGACGAUCACAAGGACGGUCGAAGACAAGGGGUUGCCAAGGGAGACGACCAAAGUUAAGAAUAUCAAGAAAUUGACCAAAUUUUCGACUUUGAUCUAGUGAAGAGCAUGCAACGGGAUAUGCCUACAACAAUCCGCCCCAUGGAUUAUUAGAUGAGCGCCUAAACCCACCCGUUCCUCCAGGAAGCCUUCUCGAACCACAGCGGCGUGCGGGAAGACGUCAUUUGCGGCUCCGGAGGGGCACCCGGGCUCCCCCCUGGCAAUAUAGUGGCCAUAUAAGGGUCUAGGCUCAUAGGCAUUCAGCCUGUCGCAGGAGAAAUGAGAGCGGGAAUUCCGAAAGUGCCUCUCGAAGGAGUCACUGCGCCGCUAAU